AAUCUGAUUUUUCUCAUGAUCUUCUGAGCCUCCUUCAGUGCCUUCGAUUAAUUGGCGAAUCAGUUUCUGUGGAAAUGGCACUCACAAUGGAAAUGGCUUGCUUCCGUCUCCAGUCUCCAGAGAGAGCUGCUGAACAGAUCCUUAAAGACUUGAUUGCUAAUGACACAGAAAAUAUGAUGGAAGAUAUUCACAGCAAACUACAAGAAAUCAAAAGUCCAGUUAAUGCUAUUGGGAUGCUUAUCCGGGAAAUGGACUAUGAAACAGAUGUUGAGAUGGAUAGAGGAUUCAGUCCUGUUCAGCCCAUAAACGUGCGCAUGCAUCUGUCACAACUUUAUGGUAGUAGCACAACAGUAAAUAUGGUAUGCCGGUGUGUGUACAAGAUGUCCAUGACACGCUUUUUAAUUUGCCGGGACCUGUUGAUUUUACAGCAGCUCUUACUACGGCUUGGAGAUGCUAUACUUUUGGGAGGAGAUCAGCUAUUCCACACUCAACAGAACUUACUACAUCGUACAUCUAUUUUGUUACUAUCUUAUUAUGUGAUAAGGUGGGCAAGUCAGCGUUUGGCAUCAGAUGUUCCUGUUGAUGAACUGGAAUCAAACCUACAGCAUCUUUCGGUAUUAAAGCUAACAGAUUCCACAACAAUAACACCAUUGAAGCUGGUGUCAAGCCCUCAAACAAUUGUGGAGCUCUUCUUUCAGGAAGGAGCCCGGAAACACAUAAUAUCUCAGCUCUUCCAGUCUAAUGCAGCCUUGGAUGAAACAUGUUUGAGUUGGCCUCAAAUGUUUUCGGCAAUUUCCAGUUAUCUACUGCAAUUUUUGUGGCCCAGUAAUCCUAGCUUCCUCUUCCCAGAAUGUUUGAUGGGGGCGUGUCAGUAUGCUCAAUUACAGGAAUAUAUUCGUUUGCUGGAACCUUGGUGUCAUGUUAAUGUGGGAUCGUGUCGUUUUAUGAUGGCACAUUGCUAUCUUGUUACAGGAGAAGAACACAAGGCACUGGACUGUUUCUGUCAAGCUGCCUCGGAAGUUGGAAAAGAAGAGUUUUUAGAUAGACUGAUUAGAUCUGAAGAGGUAGAAAUGGCUUCUACUCCACAGCUACAAUACUACGAUAAGGUUUUGCGCCUCUUGGACACCAUGGGUCUUCCUGAACUGAUCAUUCAGCUGGCUACUUUGGCAAUCACUGAAGCAGCAGAUGAUUGGAGAAGUCAGGCUACCCUGAGGACUUGCAUUUUCAAACAUCAUUUAGAUUUAGGACAUAAUAGUCAAGCAUAUGAAGCUUUGACUCAUAAUCCAGAUCCAAGCAGGCAACUGGAUUGUUUACGACAACUAGUAGUAGUUCUCUGUGAACGCUCCCAAUUGCAGGAUCUUGUGGAGUUUCCAUAUGUGAAUCUUCAUAAUGAGGUUGUUGGAAUAAUUGAAUAUCGUGCUCGGGCAGUAGAUCUGAUGACACAUAAUUACUAUGAAUUGCUAUAUGCUUUCCAUAUUUAUCGUCAUAAUUAUCGGAAAGCUGGAACAGUAAUGUUUGAAUAUGGAAUGCGCCUCGGCAGGGAAGUUCGCACUCUUCCUGGAUUACAGAAACAAGCAAACUGUUACCUUGCAGCUAUUAACUGUUUACGGCUGAUUCGCCCCGAGUAUGCAUGGAUAGUGCAACCAGCUUCUGGUGCUGUGUAUGAACGUCCAGGAGCAUCCCCCAAAAGAAAUUAUGAUGGAGAGUGUGCUGCUGCUCCAACGGGGAGUCAAAUUGAAAUCUUGGAGCUACAGGACUUGGAAAAAGAAUGUAUGUUGGCUCACAUACGGUUAACUUUGGCACAACAUGAUCCAACAUCAGCUGCUAUUACAGGAAACUCAUUCCCCAAGGAGUUAGUUGCCCUAUUGGUGCAGGCUGGUCUCUUCGACAUGGCUAUUACUCUCUGCCAGACUUACAAGCUUUCCUUAAGACCUGUGUUUGACGGUCUUACUUUCAAGUGUAUUAAACUUCAGUUUGGAGGGGAAGCAGUUUUGGCAGAAGCAUGGGAUUGGCUUGCUGUAAACCAGUUGUCAUCAGUCAUUACAACCAAGAAGAACAGUGCAACAGAUGAAGCUUGGCGUCUUUUAGCCUCCUACCUGGACAAGUAUAAGUCAGAGAAUAGCCCAUACCACCGUUGUGUAAUCAAUAAAUUGCUGUCUCAUGGUGUUCCCUUACCUAACUGGCUUAUCAACAGCUACAAAAAGGUAGAUGCUGCGGAACUUCUCCGACUCUAUUUGAAUUAUGAUCUCCUAGAAGAAGCUGUGGAUUUGGUGUUGGAGUAUGUGGAUGCCUUACUUGGGAAAGGACAUGAUUACUUUGGAAUUGAGGUCCCAUUAUCAGCUACAACUCCAGUUGUCUGGCUUCCCUAUUCUGCAAUUGACCAGCUUCUUCAGGUACUAGGAGAAAACACAACCAAUCAUCAUAACACAAUGCUUUAUCAGAAAGUGCGUGACAAAUUAGAAGUCUACCAAAAGCAGGUUGAUAAGGCAACAGCGGUUCAUCUUCUGUAUUGUCGAAACUAGCAAACAAUCUUGAUCUUGUCGAAACUAGUAAACAAUCUUGUGCCUGGAGGUCCUUGGGACAAAAUUACAAAAACUGUGCUUUAAACCAGUAUUUCUCAACAUGGGCAACAUUCAGGUGCAUGGACUUCAAUUCCCAGAAUUCUCAUCAAAGGCCAGAUUGACUGAAUUCUAGGAUGUAAAGUCCACACAUCAGGAAAUUGCCAUGGCUGGAAAAUGCUGCUUUAAAUUAUUCUGUGUAACUGGCAUGAAGUAUAUGUAAAGCAUUUGCUUUGCAUGGACUGACUAGGUCAUGAGGUGUCCUAUGCACUGCUGGUGGUGCUAUUAUUAUAAAUUCUAUUUUUUCAUAAUACUUAAAACAUUCCCUAUCAGGGAAUGAUGAACUUUUUUAGUAUGGGGAUACUGCAUUAAAUUAAGCUUCAGUCUGUACUAAGCUGGAUGUCAGUAAUUACCUAGAAUGAAAAAUUGUUUGUAUAUUGCAUGUUCCUAGAAUUUUUCUACUGAAAUAUUUUGUAUGAUCUCCUUUGUUCUGUACCAUAUAUGGGCACUAAAAUGGUUUUAUUUAUUGUUACAAUUUUUGAAUUACCUUUAAUAAAAUGAAGUU